CCACCUUGCGAGCGCCAUAAACUACCGCGACGGCCUGACUUCUGGCCUGUCGAUGACAAGACACUGGACGCUGGACACGCGGUGACGAACGUGUUACGCUCGUCUCUUACUCAAACUGUAUAUCCAAAAGCAAAAACUUAUAUAUUUGGUCUGCCUCACAAACAGUACAUAUUUCGUGAAAUUGAAAAGUGGCCCACAAUGGGUGAUAAUCCGUUGAGAAGUCCGAUUGAUCGUUUCACGAACGCAUUUGUGUCUUUCAUUGAAGCUCCUGUAAUAUGGUUCAGAGAGAAAGUGGUGGAACCUAAUAGGCCGACUACCUAUUGGUACCAUCAGAAAUUCCGUCGUGUGCCUACAAUUGACGAGUGUUAUACUGACGAUAUAGUUUGUUACACCGAAGCCAAUCUCCAGUACAAGAGAGACAGGAUGGUAGAAUCUGAAAUAGUUAAUAUACUGCGACAACGCUAUGAAGAUUGCAUUCUUUAUGAAUCACCAAAUAUUGAGAAGUGUAGACCUCUUCACGAGCAAUACUUGAAAGAGUCUGAAAAUUGGUUUAUCAAGUAUGGUGAUUUAGGAGCGUAUGGAGAUGUGAAAGCAGCGUUUAUGAAGCAGAAACAUCGUAUGGUUUGGGAGAGAAGACAUGGUCCAGUUGGUACGGGCAUGCGUGAAAAUGCUGCCCAAGGUUAGACUUUACUACACGUUGUCUGUACAGUGAUAUUCGUUUGUAAGAAAUAUAGUACUUUAUAGAGCAUUUAAGUUUGGCUUUUAUCUUUUGAAUCCACCCUUUUAGACCUGCUGGAGUCCUACCAUCAGGUUCACUGUUUAAGGUUGGCUGGUAACCCUUUGCGGACAGAUGAGUUUUAUAAUGUAAAUGUCCUACAUGUCGAAGGGCAUCCAUGAAAUGACAUGGUGUGUAUUACUCUUAGCUCGGAGCUUUCAAGAAAGUGGCUCGCCCUACAGGUCGGAAGGCAUCUCUCAAAUGGCAGCAUUUACUCCGCGUUCCAGUCGA